AUGAAGGAGGCUGAUCCGGAAGACCAUGAUGUGAAAGAGAACAGGUCUGUAUUCAAGGAUGUAGUGAUCAAAAAUUACCAUCCGAUAUGGAAUGUGGCUUUUAUGUCAACAGGAAUAUGCUCGGGGGUUCUAUUUCGCUUUCCUUAUGAAAUAGGCGUUUUUCGCAUCUUUGGGCUCAUCAUGUGGGCCGUUUCACUCUGUUUGUUUAUUAUGGUCAAUGUGUUUUUAUUCUUGAAAAUAUACUGGUUUCGUGGAUUUGCGCAUCAAUUAGCUACCGAUAUCCAGCUGAAUUUAUUUUUGGGGCCUUAUUCCAUGGGAUUUAGCACAAUUAUCAACAUGAUUCACAUGAUUACAGACCAUUAUGACAAAAGUUUCAAAGUUGGGCUUGUAAUCAUGUGGUUCAUCAAUUUUGCCAUGGCUUUGUUGUGCGGCUGGAUGCUAUUCUUUGUAUUGCUUUGGAAGAGUAAGAUUGAGAAGUUUCAACUGAAUCCACAGAUUAUACUGCCAGUGUUGCCACUUACAGUGUGCGGAUCGAGUGGAGCAUUUAUGUGUGAGGCUUUUGUAGGGUACUCUAGCCGAAUUCAGUUGAUGAUUAUCAUUUUGACAUAUCUCCUAUGGGCCAACUCCAUGAUGCUUGGGUUCAGCCUAAUUGCAAUAUUUAUCUGGAAAAUGCUUGUGUACAAGCUCCCUCCAAAGCAACUCAUAUUUACCCCUUUUGCUCCGAUCGGUUUGAUUGGUCAUGGAGUUUGGGGAAUAUUACUCAAUGGUAGCAAUCUCCAUCACUAUCUUGAGAGCCACGCUCACGAUUUUUCUGUUGAUACGCAGCUCCUGGGACUUGGAGUCCAGUACGUGACAGGAAUGGUGGCACUGUUCUUAAUUGCUGUUGGCUUCUUUUUUACCUUUCUUGGUCUGGCAAUGUGGAUUGUACAUGGACUACCGGCUUUCAACCGUACCUACUGGAUUGUUCCGUUUCCGGUGUGUGCACUGAGCCUGGGAAUUACCGAAUUUUACAACGUCUUUCACAUAGGUGUAUUCAGAGUGGUUGGUACCAUUUACGCAGUUUUUGGGAUUUUGAUGGUACUUGCAUGCUUGGCAGGCAGCCUGCUAUUCGAGGUCCCUUAUAGCGACAUAAAAUCUUACAGGUGUAAGGAGUAG